CGAACAUCCUGGUUCUCCCCGAAAGCCACCAUCAUGGCAUAGCGUUCUGCAGUCCAAUGGCCCUUCGGCGGGUCCUCAGAAACCUUAGGAUACCCCCCAUCGACUUGGAAUCUUGACCUUUUUCAUAUUCGUCUCAAAAACACAGAUUAUUCCGGUUGUACAAUCGCAAUCUAUGUUUCUCUUCAGGUUUGCCGCAGAUGUCCCUUUAAUUUCAAGGCCUCGAUGUGCCCACUGACACAAAGUCAUUGUUCCCCGGUUUUGAGUGUCUUUAUCGCCGAUCGGAUGGUCCUUGUCAUAUGAAUUGAGUGGAACAUCACCGACGUUGGCAACGGGGCGGCAUCGAAUUGCUUUGGGUUCGACCUCUGGUUCUAUCACCACAUCCUCACUGUCCUAGGAUGCGCCUUUAGGGGCCGCACAUUGAUCGAAGCAGCUCGUCCUUUCACACCGGUUUUCGGCCUUGUUCGGGUAUGCGCCACGCAGAAUCGCAACGGAUCGAGGUGAUAUCAUACACACCUACAAGAUCUUGCAUGAUCCAAGGUGAACACAGGCGCUGUUCUACCCGGCAUCAGUUGCUCGACUGCACGAACAUCGACCAUCCUCUUGCCGUGCCUGUGGCAUGGUCGAAAUCAUUCACUCCUUUGGAUAUUGUGCAGAUUGACAAUCAUCUGGUGGUCAAGGACUGAGACAGGCACACGAAAUCAAGGUCACAGUUACACCAGGCUCACAAGGCUCACGAUUUUACAUUCAGACUUCUUCUGCUCGACCAGACGGUCGAAAUUACCACUCCGGGCGAACACCGCAAAGCCUUCACCCAGUCACUACGUUUCCAGCUACGUUGGCCUGGCGCCAAUUACUGGUCGCCGCAGAAGCGCUCGAGAAUCAGUCUGCCCUACUAAUACCCAAGAUUGUGCCAAUCCGUGUCACGUCAAGCUAUCACGGACGCCUGUGCGACUGCCUCAUUUCGGCAUGAGCGGACCUUACGAUCAUGGCAUGAAUAUGCCAAUGCAUAAUAUGAUGGACCCUAGGUACACAGUGUACAGUGGAAACUUCAACGCAGGAUACCCCCAUGGCAGACUGGCGGGACCUCCAACUCAUUUUGACGGCGUUGCUUUCUGGUACAAUCCCAACAACACAGAUCAACUGUACGAUAGGGAGUCAAAUCUAUUUGGUGGACGUGCUGGUGGUCAGCAAGCGACCAACAUGGAAAGUGCCAGCGUGAAGCAUCGAAGAACACGUAGUGGUUGCUUUACCUGUCGCAGCAGACGUGUGAAGUGCGAUGAGACCAGGCCGAUCUGUGACAGUAGGUCUUCGAAAGUAUAUGGAUGAAAUCCUUUGUGAGCUGAUCAUGCCUAGGAUGCAGAAAAGGCAAUCGCGAAUGCGAGUUUCCACAGCCGACUUCAUCCUCCAAGCAGUCCAAACACGACAAGUCCCGCAGCCCCAAAGACCACUCAACGAAGCACGAACACAAAGACGAAGCUAUGUCAGGACUAGCGACAAUCAAGGACGAAAGCGAAGAGGAAGAUGAGAUGCCCGCUUCGCCGAAGAUGCGCUCACAACUUUCCCGAGAGCGGACCAACAGCACUCAAUCUGUGAACCAAACGAAAGCGACCAAGGUCACAUCAGACACGCCGCCAGCCCACAAGGAUCACGCUAGCCCACUGUCUACGGACAUGUCAGAUUCCCGGUCUAGAGACGAGACGCCUGCCUCCUCCAUCCGUACCAUGACCUAUUCGGCGGACAUGCAAGCCCGACAAGCGAAAAUUCGAUCUUUGAAACCCGAUAUCCAGAAGUAUCUACAAUUUCAGCAAGAGUACAUGACAUAUUAUCAUUACUUCUACAAGCUGGAUCCUACGGAUUUCGUGCAUAGUGAGAUGAUCGACCUGGCUUUGACUUACGAGCCGCUACUCUAUGCCGUGGUAGGUUUUGCAGCCUACCACUACGAGUUGCAGCAGCCCAACCCCAGGUUAUCGCACUUCCUGAAUUACCAUUCCAAAUCACUAUCGAUGCUCAGGAAAUCUCUGGAGAAGAAUGCAAAAGUCACAGAAGCGACACUGCUCACAGUAUUGCAACUGGCGACUUUUGAAGAAUACAUUGGAGACUGGGUUAACCUUGUGGGUCAUCACCGGGCUGCUUACACCAUGGUCACAGAGCUCUUUACUUGCGAUAUGAUGAUGGAAACGGACCUAGGGCGUCGCAUAUUCAGCUGGUAUGCUCGAUUGGAUGUGAUAGUCGGUCUAAUGGCCGGCAACGAGACAAGGCUGGAGCGCCGAUGGUUCGAGGCGAAUUCCGGCUGGUAUCAUGACCAGAUCGAGACCGGUCCAGAAGCCGAUGUCGACAUUGAGAAUACACUGGCGUAUUUCGUUGCUGCCAACCGCCUCCUGGGAAUGGACAUGGCGGCGCUUUUCGCCGGGUUCGCCAAGCGAGAAAUUGGCAUCGAAGACUUUCGAGCGGAAAACGCCAAAAUCAUCCAGAGACUCGACGAAAUGAAGCAUCAUAUUCAGUCGUUCAACGACGACUAUCAUCGGGUGAAAGAAUUCCCCGUGGCCGCGGAGCGCCCGUUGAACGAUGAUGAUAUUGUCAACCCUUACACUCCCGGGGGUCUCUUCAAAGACGCUCUUUGGCCCAUCAACUUCAUGUGGCUCGACUGGUAUGGCAUUGAGCUGAUGCAAAAAUACCAGACCGCUCUCUUGCUUCAACAACCUAUUCCACCCGAACUGGAACAAAUGAGCCUGGAGAUCUGCCGAAUAUACGAAACCAUCGAGCGAUGGCCCGAUGCACCCAACGGUGCGAUACUGGGAGUACACGCAAAUCUGGGUAUCGCAUUGCUCUUCCUCAAAAAGGAUGCGAAACAUACCAUGUGGGCCCGGAGGAAACUUGCUACUAUCGAAAGACUGGGCUAUGUGUUCCCUCCAACGUUCAGGCGGAAAAUGGCAGAAAUGUGGGGGUUGACGCGCGACCUUGCUGGCGAUGAUGGAGUCGAGGACUGGUGGCUACCCAACAACGAAGGCAAUAUACCCAUGCUGACUGAAAUUCGGAGAGUCGUGGUGGAACGACAAGGCACGGACGCGGUGAGGAGUGCAGAGGCGCUUACCGACGUCCGAGAUCUGAAAGCGAUCUUUGCAAAGCUCGACAUUCGAACGCAAUCAGCCGAAGAAACCGGGUCGACGACGGAUAACUUCAGCCCUAUAAGCGACGAAAGUGGCGAGCGAGGAAGCAAUAUUAGUGUGAGCCCAACCAGUGUGAGCUUUGGAGAGGGUCGCGUCGCAAACAUACAGGGACAGGGACAGGGACAUGCUCAGGGCAGUGGAAGAAGGAAACCAAAUUGAGGGAGCUCCUCGAGGCCAUCCUCACAGGCGACGGAGAUUAAAGGCCUGGAUACAGUAACCAUCGACUCCGACUGCGCGGGAGAUCAGCCGUGGACAAGCUUUCUGCCCCUUACAGAGUACCAUCCCCCAUAACAUCAAGCACCGUGUCCUAUGUAUGCUGGAACGCCCAUCUUUUUCUCGGUUGGAUGUUCUCCCUGGCGGUGGCAACAGAACGGAACACAUCUUCACACACAGAACUUCGAUACGUAGUGAUUUGAAACAGUCACCCCUCGCUCGUUGCAGCGUCUGGGUUUCAGGACCUAGCUUCAAUUUCUUCUAUUUUCGAUCGGCGUCAGCUUCAUGCUAAUACAAGC